AUGGGGUGCUCCCAGAUGCGUUCUUCGGCUGCGCUCGUCGUCACCACGCUCCUCCUCCUCUUAGCUUUUGGUCAAGCAUCUUCCUCGCCGCAGCUGCAGCAUCACCUGCGCAAGAUGCUCGACGUCGGCGGAGCGCCUUCACCGUCGGCCAUUGUGAGCGCGCACGGGUGCGCGGACCCUGAAGAGCUGAUGCGGGUGUCCGAGAGCAGCGCCGGGAGCGAGUACAGCGGCGUGCCGGAGUACACCGUGGAGAUCACCAACACCUGCCUCGACUGCAUCGUCUGCGCCGUCCACCUCUCCUGCGGCGACUUUGCAAACACCGAGCUCGUCGACCCGGCCACCUUCCGCCGCCUCGCCGUCGACGACUGCCUCGUCAACGACGGCGGACCCAUCGGACCCGGCGAGCUGAUCACCUUCCAGUACGCCAACUCAUUCAUCUACGACAUGAAAAUCAAAUCCGCCUCAUGCAAGUGUACCUAG